UGAUAAUUAUUGAUAAUGACUUUUGUUUACAUACUUCAUAAAUGGCAGGUUUACACAGCAGUGUUUUUCUAGUUAUGGUUUCUGGUCAAAUUGAAAUAGCCAGAUUUCCUGAAUUUGAUGAACUUUAUUGCAAAUAUAAUUUUGUUUAUGGUCAAGACUGGCUUGUCACAUCGGGUAUAGAAGAAGGCAUAUCGCAGAUAACUCAAAAAAGCCAUGAUAGUAGACAAGUGUUUGUUUUUAACUUCCCAUUGGAUAUCACAUUUAAGAGCACAAAUCCUUCCGGAUGGCCUCAAUUAGUAGUGAGCUGUUAUGGUCCUGAUGCUUUUGGUCAUGAUGUUGUGAGAGGAUACGGAGCCAUCCAUGUACCUAUUUCACCAGGAAGUCAUUCUCGAGAGAUCCCAAUGUUUGUGCCAGAGUCAUCAUCAAGACUUCAAAAGUUCACCAGUUGGUUUUUAGGAAGAAGACCAGAAUUUGUUGAUCCCAAAGUAGUUGCCCAAGGAGAAGGAAGGGAAGUAACACGAGUGAGAUCCCAGGGCAAUGUAAAAGUAUCAUGGAAUGUCAUUACAAGAGAUAUGAAGAAACUUGGUUAUGACUGUGAACCUGCCAGUGUAGCAAUACCCUCACUAUACAAUCCAUCAUUGAUGGCAACAUCUGUACGUUCAGAAGAUAAUACUGGUGACAAUGACUAAUUAUAAUGCUGUGGACAACCAAGUGACGGAGAAGCACUUUUAAACAAAUGAAGGGAUGUACGUCAUUAUUAUCAGUGACUGUCUUUGAGCAAUAUCACGAAACAGACCCACAUUUAUGUUGAACAGUAACAGGAUGGCGUCAAUUUUCAUCAAUUUUAAGCUGAAAAACUUCCAAUCCAUCAUGCUACAGCUGGUAUAAAUGAUGUACCAAAGCUGAAAUAAAACUGUAAUUAUCAUCAAAUAAAAAGUUAUUUAACAGUAAACUAUUUGCAUGAUUUCAUAUAUGUAUAUUUAUACAAGUGAAAUGCAUAAC